GUCUGAACUACUGUGUUCGUCGUGUGCCAUCUCCGCCCGUUGCACAUCCGGCACAUCUGUUUGUUGCGGCUGAAACCAUGGCGCAGGAAGUGCGGCUAUCAUGCAGCUAUAGACGCGCCGACGCCAAGUAGCGAGGCUACUGCACAUGGACUCGUCGUUGCUGGAGAAAACCUGCUUGCCUUGCCGCGUUUGUAUCUUGGGCGGGCGCGUUUGAUCUUGGGAAGGCGACGACCACGAGCCAAGAACCACAGGACGAAGGAGACGGCCUCUGACUUCUUUGGACACACUCGCUCUUACUACCACCACUGCUUGGACUCGUGGACACCUCUUGGCCGCUGUCUCUUUAUCUUUGCCUUUCGUUGGACGAUUGGGCCAGCCCAUUACACCCACACUCGUUCAUCAGUCGCUCGUUGAAUUGGAAUACCACCUUGGGCCAUGAUUGCCCUCUUGCUUCUGCUCUGCUGGGCGGCCACCAUUGCUACAGCACUUCCGACCAUCGAGGCCAAAGGCGCCAAGUUCUUCACUUCCGAUGGCGACCAGUGGUUCAUCAAGGGCAUUGCCUACCAACUGACUCCAGAAGAUCCACUCGCACAAGCCGACCAAUGCCAACUCGACGCUGCCCUCAUGAAGACUCUUGGAGCAAAUGCCAUCCGUGUCUACCACGUUGACCCGACUGCCGACCACGACGGAUGCAUGAAAGCCUUCUCGGACGCUGGAAUCUACGCCUUUGUCGACCUCGACACUUUCGACACAUACGUCUUGCCCGGCACUCCAACCUGGAACGACACACAAUACGAUGCUUUCCAAAAAGUCAUGGACGCCUUCCACGCUUACGACAACCUCGCGGGGUUCUUCGUUGGCAACGAACUGAUCACCACUGCAGCUGAUAGUAUCGCUGCUCCUUACGUCAAGGCCGCAGCUAGGGACAUGAAGGCCUACAGAGACGAUAAGGGAUACCGCAAGAUUCCAAUCGGAUAUUCUGCUGCAGACAUUGCCAUCCUCCGACCCAACCUGCAAAACUACAUGGCCUGCGGAGACGAUCCAGCUGAGGCUUUGGACUUUUUCAGUCUCAAUGCGUAUGAGUGGUGCGGAGAUUCUACUUACGAGCAGAGCGGCUAUUCGAUGUUGCAGAAGAAUGCGAGUGAAUACAACAUCCCAAUCUUCUUCUCGGAGACUGGUUGUCAGACUGUGAGGCCGAGGACUUUUGGCGACCAAGCCGCUAUAUUUGGGUCUGAAAUGUCAGAGACCUGGUCUGGUUCCAUCAUCUACGAAUGGAUCCAGGAGGCCAACGACUACGGCCUUAUCUCGUACGGUCCAUCGGUGGCUCCCACAGCAACUGGCUCGGAUAUCGCAGGCGGCUACACAGUCCGCGGCACACCAACGCCCAUCUCGCCAGACUUUGAGAAUUUGUCCUCCCAGUGGGCAGCGGCAUCUCCGUCCAGUAUCGCGGCCUCAGCAUACUCGCCCUCGCUCUCGCCACCUCCGUGCCCAGCAACGACCGCAGAUGCUUGGCUGGCUUCGGGACCGCUCCCAAUGUUGAAUCAGGAGUUCAAUGGCGCGAGCGGAGCAAGUGGUGCUUCUGGCUCAAGCGGCGUCACAACGGGCUCGGGCAGAUCUGGAAGCAGUGCAACUCAGACCACAUCUUCGAGUGAGGCGGCCGCUGCCACCAAACUUGCUGCGCCGGCUCUGCUUGCUCUGCUUGCUGCUGCGGUGGCUUGAAACGCUUUUUGAGGUGAAGGAGAGGAUGCGAUGCAUGGUGAUAGAAAGAUAGAUAGCGAAUGAUUGACAAUUGGCUCUUUCUUGGUACUGCUGUUUCGACUUUUACUCAAGUC